AUGAAUUUCACUCCUGGCGACACCAAUGUAACGACGGCUGUGAAUAACCGUGACACAUUUGUUGUUGCUGUUGGCAAGAACGUGGCUGUCGUCGUCCUCGGCAUCGCCAUCAACUACAUCAAUGCUACUAUGGUCCACACAUUCAACAAACACCAUAUCUUCAAGGUGAACCCUCGCUACAUCCUCUUCAUCCACCUGGUGUUCAACGACAUGAUCCAGCUGACAACCAGCAUUUCCCUCUUCAUCUUCACCUACACCUUCCACACCAUCUACGUCUCCAUCUGUUGCCUCCUCAUCUUGUCGGCCAUCUUUACCACACAGAACACCCCUCUGAAUCUAGCUUUUAUGGCAGCAGAGUGCUACAUCGCUGUCUGCUUUCCUCUCCGCUAUAACUACAUAUGUACAGUCAAAAGAACUUAUAUUGUAAUUGGCCUAAUCUGGGCAGCAAGUUCACUUUCUGUCCUGCCGGAUGUCUUCAUCCUCUUGGCCACUGAACCUCUGGAGUUUCUCAAUUCUAGAGUCUACUGCGCCAGAGAUUUUGUGUUUAGGAGCAGCUACAGUCUGAAGAAGAGGGAUGCAUCCCACAUACUGUUCCUGGUUUUGGUUUGGCUCACUCUGUUCUACACUUACUUCAGAAUUUUGUUUGUGGCCAAAGCUGCUAACGCAGACGCUAAAAAGGCAAGAAACACCAUUAUCCUUCAUGGCUUUCAGGUGCUGCUGUGCAUGAUGGUCUAUGUGCAACCUAUGUUGCUUCAAGGCCUCACGUACUUGUUUCCAGGAGCUGUUACAUCCAUAAACUUUGCUAUGUUUAUUAUAAACCAAAUCCUCCCUCGCUUUGUUAAUCCUAUUGUCUACGGCCUACGAGACAAGACUUUCAGGAAGUUCUUCAAACAGUAUCUCCUAUGCACAGUGACCAUAAACAUCCACCAAAAGACAACAAUGAAGAGGCCGUCAUAA